AUGCAGCAGACGUUUCAGACGAACAGACCUCUGGAUGACGAGUGGGAUAUUUGGAAGGAGUUCAUUAUUUUAAAUUUUAUACUUUUUCCCGUUGAAAUAAUUGGAAUGAUAAUAAUAACGGUGUAUCAAAAAUAUGUGUUCGGUGAUCAUUUUGCAAAACUGGAUAAAUAUCACAAAAUAGCUGAAUUAAGUGUAUUUAUUGGAACUAUGAUAUGGAUCGUGACCAACAUCAUAUUAUUAAAUGUUAAUUACAACUCAAUAAUUCAACCUAGAGAUUUUAGGGAGUUCAAGAUGUGGAUGAUGCAUCAUGCAUUUGGUCUUUUUAUUUUUAUUACAAUCUUAAUAAAUUUCCAAGUUGUAUUGAGAUAUAUGGGUGUUUUUCAAGAAUAUUCACAUACAUUCGUAACCGUGGUAGGCUGGUCAUAUUCGAUGACAAUAAUUAUAUGUUUAGAAAUAUUGUUUGUCUACUACAUGUCCUACAAACCAAUUCGAUCAUCUUAUCGCCGUAAUAAUAGAAACCAGCCCUUAAACGCUUAA